AUGCGUGCUCAUCACAAAAACGAAUGCCCCCAGCGGGACACGAACCCACGACCGCUAGCACAGCAAAUAGGGAUUCUCGUGGGUGCGCCAGAAGACGAGCCGUACCACAUCAACGGUGUGAAGCGGCCGGGCGCGGUGUACCGCUGCCGCCCGGGACACCGCGGCGCCGUGGCCGAGGGCUCCGGUAAUCCGCUACAAAUGUGCUCACUCAUGGAGUUUGAUAAGACCAAAUAUAAUAACAUCGACUCCGCGCAUCGACAGAUCGAUCAGAAAUCUAAUCAAUGGUUUGGGGCCACCCUCACUAGUACCGGUAGAAACGGGCCUAUUGUGGCCUGUGCUCCACGCUACGUAUCGUAUGUGACGGCCAAACUCAACCAACGCGACCCUGUGGGAUCCUGCUUCGUCGCUAAAACCUCCACUGCCGAUGAGGUCAACGAAUUCUCGCCCUGUCGAAACUCGAGCCACGGGCAGCGCAAGACGGGCGUGUGUCAAGCAGGUUUUUCUGCGGCAGUCUCAAAGGAUGGACAAAGAUUAUUUAUGGGAGCACCGGGCAGCUUCUACUGGCAAGGGCGAACAUUUUCGAUAGACCCUAGCGCAAGGUUCAACCACUAUAUGCCGAAGGAAGGUCAACUUAAAGUACAAACGUUAAACUCCAGACCAGUAUUACUAUCAACGCCUGAGGCGACUCCUAAGUACGAUGACUCGUAUAUGGGAUAUUCUGUGACGGUCGGUGAUUUCGCUGGCCAGGGUAUUCAAAGUGUAGCUGUAGGUGUGCCUAGAGGAUCUGACUUGCGAGGACUGGUGGUUCUAUAUACAUGGGAGCUAGAAAAUAUAAAGAACAUUAGUGGUUCCCAAAUUGGUGCCUACUUCGGCUACAGUCUGGCAAGUGGAGACAUUGAUGGAGAUGGUACUGAUGAUAUCAUUGUUGGUGCCCCCAUGUUCACCAAACCGAAGAGCGAUGGCUACGAGCAUGGCAGAAUUUAUGUUAUCUAUCAGGGUCUGAAUAGGGCUUUCUCGAAGAAUCACGCGAGAACUGGAGAAGUAUCUAGAGGUAGAUUCGGUUUAGCCAUAACAUCGCUUGGUGAUAUCAAUUAUGACGGAUUUGGAGAUGUAGCCGUGGGUGCGCCGUACGGCGGUGAGAACGGCCGUGGUGUAGUCUACAUCUAUCACGGCAGUGAGCUCGGUAUCGGAGAGAAGUACUCGCAAGCGAUAACUGCUGAAGAGAUCAGUCCGAUUCUCACUACCUUCGGAUUUUCACUCUCUGGAGGCGUGGAUUUGGACAACAAUAACUACACGGACUUAGCUGUCGGCGCUUACAAAUCUGAUAGUGUUGUGUUUUUGAAAUCUCGCCCAGUAGUUAAAGUGAUGGCUGACGUCAAAUUUAUGGGAGAGAGCAAACUCAUAUCGCUGGAUGAGAAGAGAUGCACCCUCGCGAACGGCACGCAGGUGGCGUGCGCGCAGCUGAUGUUCUGCCUCACGUAUGACGGUGUUAAUGUUGAUCAACAAAUAAAUUUCGAAGUAACCCUCGACUUAGACUCCCGACAGAAGAGCAGCAAACGCCUGUUCCUAAUGGAAUCGAGAAAGACAGUUUACAAAACUCACAUAUUGCUUACUCAAGGACAGCAGGAGUGCAAAGAAAUUGAAGUGUAUCUUGAUGACGAAAUCCGCGACAAGUUAACCCCAAUAGAAGUGAAGAUGACGUACGAGCUGACAGAGCAGGCGUCGGGCGCCGCCGUGCCGCCCGUGCUCGACCGCACGCGCAGCAUCGAACGCACCGACUCUCUCAACAUACAGAAGAACUGUGGGCCCGAUAACGUGUGCAUACCCGACCUUAAGAUGUUUGUUACUACACCAACUGUAAACUAUGUUCUGGGAUCAGGCGAAAAUGUUCACAUUGAUGUCAAAGUUGAAAACUCCGGAGAGGACGCAUUCGAAGCCGGGUACUAUCUACAAAUACCCGCCGGAGUCACUUACGCUAAGAUGGAGAGGUUGGAUAAAGCAAAUGCGGACGUAACUCCGAUCUACUGCUCUAUUAAGAACAAAGGAUCCAGUGGAAAUAGUACUUUGAAAUGCGAUUUGGGAAAUCCUUUGGCCAGUGGACAAAAUAUAAACUUCAGGGUGAUCGUGGAAGUGGACGCUCGCGUCACGACCCUCGACUUCGACAUGGAAGUGAACUCCACCAACCCCGAGCAAGGCACUCAGUUCGACAACAAGCGGCACUUGGGUAUCGGCGUGGUGGUGAAAGCCGUACUGUCUAUUAUUGGAACAUCAGAUCCACCAGAACUCCAUUACAAUGCAUCUCUCUACGAUGCUCAAAACCUCAAAGACGACACAAAGCUCGGACCGCAAGUUAUCCACAAGUACAAUAUAAAGAACGAAGGACCUUUCACCGUAGAAGAAGCUGAACUAUACAUAAUGUGGCCAUAUCAAACUCUGACUGGGGAAAACCUGAUGUACAUGCUGGUGCAGCCGCAGUGGCUCGGCGACAUGGUGUGCGACGUCGCGCGGCAUGUCAACCCGGAGAGCCUCUUCGUGCAGAAUCCUUACUCAUUCUUACUUUCAAAGGAAAAAGAAGCAUUGAAGAGUAGCGAUCUCUACACAGCAUCCCAAGUAGGAGGAGGCGGAGGAUAUUAUGGCCAACAUUAUUGGGAAGAAAAGUAUGCGGAUAAUGGUCAAGUAAAUGUUCAAUCUGGCGGUGGUCAAAUGGGUGGAGGACAAUACGGUCAAGCAAGUGGAGGUCAGUACGGCCGAGGCUCUGGUGGUGUUUAUGGAUCUGGCCAAUCUAGUGGUGGACAGAUUAGUGGAAGCCAAGAAAGUAACAGACAAUUUGGCAGUAGUUACGUUGGUGGUAGUCAAGUAGCUGGCGGUCAGUUCAGCACAAGUCAUGUCAGUGGUAGUACAAGUCAAAGUAGUGGUGGUCAAGUAGCUGGUGGACAGUAUAACACCAAUCAGGCAAGUGGUGGUCAAGUCUCCAAUGGACAAUACGGAACCCAUGUUAGCGGAGGAGGAUAUGGUAGUCAAGUUUCUGGUGGCCAAUACGGUACAGGCCAAGUUGCUGACGGUCAGGGAUCUGGUACCGUGUACACUUAUAACCGAACUUGGUCUAGUGGUGAAGAAGGGUUAACAGUGGAACAACAGGAAGCUAUCAGAAGAAAUCUUGCAGCGUUGGCAUCAUCAAACCAAGGUUCAAACCGUGGUUUCGCUCAAGGUUCUACCCAAGGGGGUCAAGUUACUUUCACACAAAAUGGUCAAAGUAGCUAUGGUCAAAGUGGUCAUGCUCAAGGAAGUCAAAGCGGGUAUGGUCAAAGUGGCCAAGGAUAUAGUCAAAGUGGUUAUCAAGGCCAAGGUCAUGUCCAAACUGGCCAAGGUUACGGUGGUCAAACUGUUAUCGUUCAAGGUGGUGUGGGCGGUUUUGAAGGCAAUCAAGAUGGUCGCAUCGUUCGAGUUAAGAAUAGGACUAUUGUUUAUGACUCAAAUCAUAAUAUUAUAUCUCAGACUGAAACAAGUACUGAAUAUGGUUCACUUGGACAUGAAGGCGAAGCUGGCAGUUCCUUUAAUGCCUAUCUCAACAACCAAGGUGGUAUCCAACAAAAUUACGGUUCAGGGUCAAAUUCUGUAGGACAAGGCGGCUUUAUCCAUGGGUCAUGGGGAACGACGGAGACUAUCAAUCCAGAUAUCAUGAACGCUGGUUCCAAUACAUUCAGAGGUGGACCAAGUGUUACCGUUGUUGGUGAUGAGGAAGAAGAUAGAUUAGAAGGUUUUGGGGUUUAUGCUGCGCAGAAUUCUAAUAAUGAAUUUAAAUAUGGAAUUGCUGAUGUGACCAAUAGUCAAGGGUCUGGAGUUCAUAGUGGAAGUCAAGGUCAAGGCUUCCAGAGUGGUCAGCAAAAUGGUGGUUUCCAUAGUGGUGGCUAUCAAAGUGGAAUGCAACAAGGCGGAGCUUACCAAGGAGGUGCAUCUGCAUCUUAUGGUGGCGGCAGUGGUACUUCCUACUCAUACUCUUCACAAUCAGGUGGCCACAGAUCUUAUUCGUCGGGAGGCGGCAGUUUUAGUUCAACUUCGCAACAAAGACGUGACAGCACUAGGCGGCGUCGUCAAGAUGAGGUGGACCCUCAAUUAAAGGAAAUGCUAGAGAAAUGCGAAGAGAAGUACAAAUGCGAGGUGGUGCGAUGCCGCACCGGCCGCCUCGUGCGCGGGCAGGAAGUGUGGGUCGCGCUGCGCUCGCGCAUCAAUGCUUCUGUACUUAAUGAGAUCUCUCAAGAGCGCGCAGUGAAGCUGUCGUCGCUGACGGCGACGCGCGUGUCGCGGCUGCCGAUGGUGGGGCGCCCUGCGGAGCGCGGCUGGCACGUGGCGGAGGCGGUGACGCUCGUCACGCCGCAGCUGGAGGCGCUGGAGAGCGGCGCCAUACCGCUGUGGGUCAUCAUCCUUGCAGCGGUCGUUGGCGCUUUAUUGCUACUCUUGCUUAUCUUCGCUUUAUAUAAGUGUGGCUUCUUCAAGCGUAACCGCCCCUCCGACCACACCGAGCGACAACCCUUAAACGGUCGCGACGAACAUCUU